UAAACUAGGAGCGAAGCGAUUUAGCUCAAUUUCGUGCAUCGGGAGAAGGGGAAAUGACAUCAUGGAACUCGCUUCCACUCGAAAUCACCUACAACGUUUUCGGUUGGAUUGCUUUCUUUUCUUGGUCUCUCAGUUUCUAUCCACAGGUUAUCUUGAACUUCAGGAGAAAGUGCGUUGUGGGGUUGAAUUUCGACUUUCUGGUUCUGAAUCUUACGAAGCACUCUUCAUAUCUCAUCUACAAUGCGUCUCUUUUCUUUAGCACUGUUAUUCAGAGACAGUACCACGAGAAGUAUGGUUAUGGAGAGAUGAUCCCUGUAGCUGCAAAUGAUGUAGCUUUCUCAACACAUGCUGUUCUAUUGACAGCUAUUACCUUGUACCAAGUUCUGAUCUAUGAUUGUGGGAACCAGAAAGUCUCAAAAACUUGUAUUGCAAUCACAUCUAUUGUUUGGGUUUCUGCUGCAGUUUGUGUGUUCAUAGCUUGGCCAAACAACUCAUGGCUUUGGCUAAUCUCUGUAUUUAAUGGAAUCCAAGUUAUCAUGACAGUGCUCAAAUACAUUCCUCAGGCCUUAAUGAACUUUAUGCGAAAGAGCACCGAAGGAUGGAGCAUUGGAAACAUUUUACUUGAUUUAUUUGGAGGAUUGAUGAACUAUGCGCAGAUGGCCAUGCAGUCUAUAGACCAAGGUUCUUGGAUAAACUUCUAUGGAAAUAUAGGGAAGACUUUGCUUUCCUUGGCAUCCAAUUACCUGGCACCUAGCAUAGAAGUUGAGAUUGAGUACCAUACAAUUAGAAAGGAUUUAUUUAUUUCGAGAGCUAAAGUCUGCAAUAACUACACAAGUGAUCUAAUUGUUUUAGUAGGUACUGAUAUUUGUCUUCUCUUUUUACCCUUCCAUUUGGUUCUCAGUUUCUUCACCAAUUGUAAAUAUACACUUACACUUGGGAAAUUUGUUGAUAUUCUUGGAGCUUUGGUUUCAUUAGUUCAUUGUUGUUUUACGAGACAAAGGAGAAUAGAAGGCUUCCAAUAGCUAGACAUCUGUGAAAGCCCUUGUCUUAAGUUGGAAUGAACUGGCACAUUUAUAUGGAUGGAAGAUGGUGGUGAAGGCCCUUUGUUGCAGCAAGCUAGCAAUACUACUUCAGGGAAUGUAUAUCUGUGUCUGCUAGAAUGAACAUCUUAUUAUUUUGAAUUCAAAGAUUGGUUACCCAGCUGGGAGAGUAGAGAGGAGUACUAAUACUAGGGCUUGGGCCGCUUGGCCCUCCAUACUAGGUUCUGUGGAUAACUGGGUUUCUUCUUGUAUUAAACUUCUUAGUGGCUGGUGCUUAGGCCUUCAUUUUCUAUAUUGCUCUUUGGUUUAUGGAAGGACUUGAUUUUUUGUUUGUGCCUUCUUAUCUUGCAACUGCUGUCUUAAUAAAGUUCCAUAAAAAAUGUUGAACACCAA